AUGCCACUACCGGAUACUGAAUCAGAUACGCCGCCCGUGCCACGCGGGCGCCAACGCCCAGGCGCUGCGUGUGACGAGUGCCGACGGCGAAAGCUACGCUGCGACGGGCAACACCCCCAGUGCGGCGUCUGUCGAGAGACCGAUGUGGUCUGUGAAGUCACCCAACGUGGUACCCGAGGCCCCAAGAAGGGCCACUUGAAGGCCCUGAAGAACCGCAUUGUGCACCUGGAGGCCAUGCUGGAGACCCGCUUGCCUCCCCAGCCCCAUCAGCUCUAUCAGUCCCAUCAACGGUCGGAUCUGCUGGGCAAUUCCCAAAACAGCAAUGAUGAUAAUGAUGGCAGAACUGUGUCUUCGGCUUCCGACCAUGAGACGUUUAUCUCAAGCGGCUAUGGGCUGCAAGGGCUGCAUAUUGACUCGAAUCUGGUGGCUCUGCCCAGUGAACCUGACUCGUCCUUUGCGUCGGCAGUGCCUCUGUCAGAGGUUAUGCAGGCUGAAUUAGACCAGCUGUAUUUGGACCGCGUGCAUCAAUCGAUCCCAAUUCUCCACCAAAGACGGUACCUAUCAUGGUCCAAGUCCACCACAAAGUCGGCUUCCCAACGAUGCCUGCAGUAUGCCAUGUGGACAUUGGCAUCACUUCUCUCCGCUCACUCCCGCCAUCUAGUCGAGCCACUGUACCAGGAGACUAAGCAAGCGCUAGAGAAUCUAAGCGUCGAAACUAGUGAGACUGCACUAGCCCAAGCCUGGGUUCUGGUUGUUACAUUUGAGUAUAUGCGAACAUACCACCGUCAAGCGUGGAUGAGUGCCGGCCGCGCAUUUCGCUUGGUGCAGGCCAUGCGGUAUCAUGAGAUUGACAAUCCCAUCGACAAGCGUGGCCCUUCCUCGCCACAAUGUGGCGACUUUGUCGAGGUUGAGGAGAGGCGUCGAGUAUUUUGGAUGACUUAUUUUCUCGACCAUAUUAUUAGUAUGCGUGAUGACUGGCCGAUUACACUAAAUGAACAUGUGAUCUGCACCCGACUUCCAGCUCCAGAUGCGGAUUUUCAAAGUGGCAGCCACGAUCUAGGACCAUUCCUAUCGGAGGCCAUGACAGAGCCGACUCUGAAAGUCCGAUCUUCGUUUAACGAGUGUCUUAUCCUAGCCACCAUCUGUGGCCGCAGUCUUCUGCAAAGUCAACGCUAUCACAUAUCAAAGGCAUAUGGAGACAUGACCAUGGAUUUGACAGAGCAACGCCGGUGGCUGGAUAGCAUGCUCAUGAACCGACUCCAAGUUUUGUCGCAGUACCCAGCACCCACAGAAUCCUACGACCCCCUUUUGUUAUUCGCCAAUAUUCUCGGCCAAGCGACGGUGAUCUACUUCUGCAAAGCGAUGACAGAUACAGCCGAAGGACCGGAUGGAUCCCACUACCAAUAUCGGGCAUUAGAGGCAUCCACCAACAUCAUUAGUUUUGCAUCUACCCUACGAGAUCUACCAUUUUCAAGGGUCCAUCCCUUAACACCGAUCCCUCUAUUCCUCUGUGCCGAAUUCUUGUAUAACGAGAUGCACAAUGAGGCUUUUCAGCCGCGGCUACAGGAGCUCUUCCAUGUUUUGCGCGAGUUGAAAAACGUGAAUAAUCCCGAGCAGAGUUAUUUGGAUCUGCUUCCACGCUCAUGCAUCUCUAAAACAGCAGAGCUGUUUAAUCACAGUGUGGGUACGGGUAGUCCGAAUAGUUGAUGAAGGUGUUUUGGGGUUUAUUUAUGGAAGUUACAUUUUAGAUUUGGCAAAUUGGCUUCGUUACUGUGUACAUAUUAGACCCCAUUGAUAAGCUUGAGAAUAAUCACGUUUUGUUUCGGGCAGGAUCGCCC